GUACGUCCAAGAUGGCGGCGCCCUGUAGGCUGGAGGGACUGUGAGGUAAACAGCUGAGGGGGAGGAGACGGUGGUGACCAUGAAAGACACCAGGUUGACAGCACUGGAAACCGAAGUACCAAUUGUCCCCAGAACAGUCUGGUAGUGGCACCAAUGAAGAGCCUGCAGAGUCGCUAGUGCACGUCCCGGACCUGGCGCAGCACAGUCGUGUAAGAUAAUGGCCCAGCAAGCGAAUAUCGGGGAGCUCCUGUCCAUGCUGGACUCCCCCAUGCUGAGUGUGCGUGAUGAUGUGACAGCUGUCUUUAAAGAGAACCUCAGCUCUGACCGUGGUCCGAUGCUCGUAAACACCUUGGUGGACUAUUACCUGGAAACCAAUUCUCAGCCGGUAUUGCACAUCCUGACUACCUUGCAAGAGCCACAUGACAAGAUGGAUACCGAUGUCGUCGUCCUCACAACAGGUGUCUUAGUGUUGAUAACCAUGUUACCAAUGAUUCCACAGUCGGGGAAGCAGCACCUUCAUGAUUUCUUUGAUAUUUUUGGCCGUCUUUCGUCGUGGUGCCUGAAGAAACCAGGCCACGUGACAGAAAUCUAUCUUGUCCAUCUCCAUGCCAGUGUUUAUGCUCUCUUUCAUCGCCUCUACGGAAUGUACCCUUGCAACUUUGUCUCCUUUCUACGCUCUCACUACAGUAUGAAGGAGAACUUGGACACUUUUGAAGAAGUGGUCAGGCCAAUGAUGGAGCACGUGCGAAUUCACCCGGAAUUAGUGACUGGAUCCAAGGACCACGAACUGGACCCUCGAAGGUGGAAGAGAUUAGAAACACAUGAUGUUGUAAUAGAGUGUGCCAAAAUCUCUCUGGACCCCGCAGAAGCCUCGUACGAAGAUGGCGACUCCGUGUCCCCGCAGGUGUCCGCGCGCUUUCCUCAUCGUGCGGCCGAUGUGGCCGCCAGCCCUUACGUCGACACGCAGAAUAGCUGUGGGAGUGCUACCUCGACCCCUUAUUCCAGCUCUUGGCUGAUGUUGUUAAACAUGCCCGGGCAUCCACCUCAGACUCUGAGUCCCCCAUCGACACGGCUGUUGACUGAGCCGCCACAAGCUACUCUUUGGAGCCCAUCUAUGGUUUGUGGUAUGACCACUCCUCCAACUUCUCCUGGAAAUGUCCCACCUGAUCUGUCACACCCUUACAGUAAAGUCUUUGGUACAACUGCAGGUGGAAAAGGAACUCCUCUGGGAACCCCAGCAACGUCUCCUCCUCCCGCCCCACUCUGCCACUCGGACGACUACGUGCACAUUGCCCUCCGGCACGCCACAGCCACACCCCCCAAGAAGGAAGAGAAAACAGAUUCAGCAAGGCCCUGUCUACACAGACAGCACCAUCUUCCGAACGACAGAGGAUUAGAAGAGCUACCUGGCAGCAAAGGUUCUGUCGCUCUAAGUGACCUUCCAGGGUUUUUAGGGGACCUGGCCUCCGAAGAAGAUAGCAUUGAGAAAGCUAAAGAAGAAGCGGCGAUAUCUAAAGAACUCUCCGAGAUCACGACGGCCGACACCGAGCCCCUGGUUCCUCGAGGAGGCUUUGACUCUCCCUUCUACCGGGACAGUCUUCCGGGCUGUCCUCGCAAGAACCAUUCGGCCACCUCUGGUGCUCAGGGUGCCAAUGUGAACCCUGAGCCUUUAAACUCCUCCCUGGACAAGCUUGGGCCUGACACACCAAAGCAAGCCUUUACUCCCAUAGACCCACCCUGUGGAGGCGCCGACGAAAGCCCUGCCGGGAACAGGGAGCACCAGACUUCGCUGGAGACCAACAUCCUCACUCCCAGCCCUUGUAAAAUUCCACCUCAGAGGGGAGUGGGGUAUGGAAGUGGGCAGCCUCCCCCUUAUGAUCAUCUUUUUGAGGUGGCAUUGCCAAAGACCGCCCAUCAUUUUGUCAGCAAGAAGACCAAGGAACUGUUAAAGAAAGCAAAAGGAAAUGCAGAAGAAGACUAUCCGCCCUCGACCUCCCCCGCGGAAGUCCUGGAUAGACUGAUCCAGCAGGGAGCAGAUGCGCACAGCAAGGAGCUGAACAAGUUGUCUUUACCCAGCAAGUCUGUCGACUGGACCCACUUUGGAGGCUCUCCUCCCUCAGAUGAGAUCCGCACCCUCCGUAACCAGUUGCUUUUACUGCACAACCAGUUACUCUAUGAGCGUUUUAAGAGACAGCAGCAUGCUCUCCGGAACAGGCGGCUCCUCCGCAAGGUGAUCAGGGCGGCGGCGCUGGAGGAACACAACGCUGCUAUGAAAGACCAGUUGAAGUUACAAGAGAAGGACAUCCAGAUCUGGAAGGUUAGCGUGCAGAAGGAGCAGGCCCGGUGCAGCCAGCUGCAGGAGCAGCGAGACACGAUGGUGACCCAGCUCCACAGCCAGAUCCGGCAGCUGCAGCACGACCGGGAGGAGUUCUACAACCAGAGCCAGGAGCUGCAGACGAAGCUGGAGGACUGCAGGAACAUGAUCGCAGAGCUGCGUCUGGAGUUGAAGAAGGCCAACAGCAAGGUGUGCCACACCGAGCUGCUGCUCAGUCAGGUGUCCCAGAAGCUCUCAAACAGUGAGUCGGUCCAGCAGCAGAUGGAGUUCUUGAACCGGCAGCUCUUGGUCCUUGGAGAGGUCAACGAGUUGUAUCUGGAACAACUGCAGAGCAAGCACUCAGACACCACAAAGGAGGUAGAAAUGAUGAAAGCUGCGUGUCGGAAAGAACUAGAAAAAAACAGAAGCCACGUUCUCCAGCAGAAUCAGAGGCUCGAUACCUCCCAGAAACGGAUUUUGGAACUGGAAUCUCACCUGGCCAAGAAAGACCACCUUCUUUUGGAGCAGAAGAAAUAUUUAGAAGAUGUCAAAGUCCAGGCGAGAGGACAGCUGCAGGCUGCAGAGAGCAGGUAUGAGGCUCAGAAAAGGAUCACCCAAGUGUUUGAGUUGGAGAUCUUAGAUUUAUAUGGCAGAUUGGAGAAGGACGGCCUCCUGAAGAAACUUGAAGAAGAAAAAGCAGAAGCAGCCGAAGCGGCAGAAGAAAGGCUUGCCUGUUGCAAGGACGGCUGCUCGGAUUCCGUAACAGGGCACAGUGAAGAGGCAUCUGGCCACAACGGCGACACCAAGCCCCCCCGACCUGGCGGCAGCGCGCGGGCCGGCGGUGCGAGUAGAGGGGGUGGAGCUGGCCGCGGUGGCAGCAGCAGCGAGCUUUCAACCCCGGAGAAACCCCCCAUCCAGAGGGCCAGCCUCUUCAGCAGUCGGUGGGAAACUACUGUGGGAGAGUCUGCCACCAGCAUCCCCACGACUGUCGGCUCCCUUCCCAGUUCAAAAAGCUUCCUGGGCAUGAAGGCGCGAGAGUUAUUUCGUAAUAAGAGUGAGAGUCAGUGUGAUGAGGACAGCGUGACCAUCAGUAGCCUUUCUGAGACGCUAAAGACAGAACUGGGCAAAGACUCAGGUGCGGAAGCCAAGACCCCCCCGACCCUCGACGGCCCGCACCCCUCCCCCCCGAACCUGGACAGUGUUGGACAGCUCCACAUCAUGGACUACAACGAGACUCAUCAUGAACACAGCGAAGGAUGACGGUCACUCAGUGUUAACUUGCAGGUUG